GAACCUCUUGCAAUCGAGGCAUCGUUCCAUGAGAGAGGAUCGAGACUGAGACAAGACCUCAAAAAUAACAAGAUUCCUUGUGAAAUAGGAAAUCAUCGUGCGAAGAAUGGCGGUCACUCCAUUCCACUCAAAACGCGUGUACAAUUGGUACAUCUCAUGCAUUGCCGCAGCAUGCAUGGUCUUGUACGGUUACGAUGCCUCCGUCUUCAACUCAGUCCAAGGCUCUGCCAGGUGGAAAGCAUGGUUCAACCACCCGAGUUCCAGCCUCAUUGGCACAAUAAACACCGUUUACUCGGUGGGAGCCAUUGUGGGAGGUUUCUUUUUUGGAGGCCCUCUUUCCGAUUAUCUAGGCCGUAAAGUUGGUAUGGGCAUUGGUUGUAUGUUUGUCAUCGUCGCGACUUUCAUGCAAGCUUUCGCUCCGUAUCAUAGCAUUGGAUGUUUCUUGGCUGGGCGAUGUCUUAUUGGUAUCGGUCAGGGUAUUGCGUUGACUUCCGGUCCAAUCUAUAUUGGCGAGCUUGCGCCCCCUCAUAUUCGCGGUAAGAUUAUGACUCUGUGGCAGACAUUCUACUCUGUUGGGUCGUUUAUCUGCUUCUGGGUGAAUUAUGGAUGCACAAAACACACUUCACGCCUCGGUGAAUGGGACUGGAAAAUGGUUGUUAUUUUUCAGCUCCUUGUCCCUGUCAUCAUCCUCACUCUAUUACCCACAAUUCCUGGAACACCGCGAUGGUACAUCCAAAAGAAUAAUAAUAUCGACAAAGCCCGGGCAGCCUUACGACGUGUACGUGAGACCGAAGAGGAAGUCGAAGAAGAACUAACACAAAUCCGCGGAGCGCUGGAAUAUGAAAAGGAGGCUAUUUCGAGCUCAUACAGUGCCCUCUGGAAGGAUCACUCCAUUCGCAAGCGUCUGCUUCUGGCAUUGGUGAUCAACGCUGGACAGCAACUGACUGGACAGGGAUCGUUGAACUCUUAUUCAACCAUCAUCUACCAAAAGGUGUUCUCUUCGGCUAGUCAAAUUGCGUUGAUCAAUGCUUUGAAUGCCACUUUCGGUAUCCUGUUUACGCUCAAUGCAAUCUGGAUGGUUGAUCGAUUUGGUCGCAAGUUUCUUCUAAUUGUUGGUGGUAUUGGAAUGGGUUUAGUCAUGAUCAUGGUGGCAGCAGUCGAAACUGAAACCCCGACUUUACCUAACGGCGCUAAGACACAAUCUGUCGGUAUUGCGCUGGUGUUUUUGCUGUUCUUUUUCAUCUUCUUCUACAAACCUUCCUGGGGAGCCACGGUCUGGAUCUGGACAUCAGAAGUAUUUUCCAUGAACGUCCGUGCUCAGGCAGUAGGAAUGGCCUCACAGACCCAAAAUGUCGCCAACACUAUCUUCCAGCAAUUCUUCCCAACUUUCCUUAAGCAUGAUGGAUUUUAUGCGUUUUAUUUCUUUGCUGGAAUCAACAUGCUUCUCGCCGCUUUUGUGUACUUCUUCAUCCCGGAAACCAAGAAUGUGUCACUGGAAGAGAUUGAUGUUUUAUUUGGCGGUGCAAAUCAUUCCGCUCAAGGAGAAAACAUGCUGGCAGAGAGCAAGCUGCAUGGAGCGGCUCACAUUGAGCACAUACCGGCAGGCAAACCGAAUGAAUAGGCUCAUGUUCGAGAUUCGGAGGUCAAGAAUGUGUAAUUUAGGAUGACGAGCUACGCUAAAGUGUAAGACCUGUAUCAAGGCAUGAUUCCUCAUAUAGGUGGAAUAUUAAUAGUCUUGGGCUA